AAGACAUGAGUUGAUGAUGUAGCAGUAUGGUUUCGUAUGGCAUCAAAAUAGAUAUCUUUCACUAUAAUAAUAUCAGAGAGAGAGAGAGAGAGAGAACAGUCCAACAUAACCACUAGAACCGUGGGCACGCAUGUCAAAACAUGUUUACCAGCUCCUUGAUCAAUAAUUGCAUCCACCUUUUUUCUCUCUCCCUCUCUCUCUCCCUCCAUCACUUCCAUCUGAUGCACUUUCGAUGCUCGACUAUAUAAUGUUUGAUGCAGCAACAAUUUCCCCUAUGGGUAGCAAACCUGAUUUUCAUCACAUGAUGAGUUCUUCAAUCUUUCUUUUAUGCUGCUUUCUCACACUCUCUUUGUAUUCCAUCUCCCAACACACAAGCAAUACUUAUUCUCUAGGUUUUACACCAGCAAGGAAGUUGAGCAUGUCCGCUCCUGGACAUGACCACAAAUUUCAUGAAACUCAGGUAUCAGAUGAGGCAAUGGAAAGCACUCCAGCUAAUGCAGAUUUAACAACACUAGAAAUUACCGGCAACAGUUACAGUCCUCAUGAUCUUGUCUAUCAUACAGAUUAUCAUGGAGUAACUACUCAUCCAACUCCUAAGCAUCCAAAACCAUAGGCUGAAGAUUUAAUUUUGAUUUGUGAAAUAUGCAGACAUGUAUUCUAGUUCUUACCAAUAUAUAAAAUGUAAUGCCCUGUGUGUGGGAAGAGGAAAAAAAAAAGUUUUGUUUAUACACUGGACCUGAUUACAUGAUUCA